CCACAUUGUCUCAUCACUUUCCGCACUUUUGUUGUUAACUAACUUUCAUAAAUAGAUUAAGAUAUUAAUGUCACCGGAGGAAUACGUUAGGGUUUGGCCGGAUUCCGGUGAUCUUGGAGGAACUGAGCUGACCCUAGCUUUGCCUGGCACUCCGACAAAUGCAUCGGAAGGUCCAAAAAAGUUCGGGAACAAACGUAGAUUCCUCGAGACCGUUGAUUUAAAACUCGGGGAAGCACACGAGAACAAUUAUAUCUCAAGCAUGGUCACUAAUGACCAGUUGGUGGGCUGGCCGCCGGUAGCGACAGCGAGGAAAACAGUGAGGCGGAAAUACGUGAAAGUGGCGUUGGAUGGUGCGGCCUAUCUCAGAAAGGUUGAUCUUGGGAUGUACGAUUGCUAUGGACAGCUUUUCACCGCUCUAGAAAACAUGUUUCAGGGGAUAAUAACAAUAUGUAAGUGAUCGAGAUAAGUAGGAAAAAAUAAAGAUUUUGAUGUGUUUGGAUGGACUGACGAAGUGAAGGAUAUUAUGGUAAAUUUACUUACACUUGGGGUUUUGGAUGGUGGUAGGUAGAGUGACAGAGUUGGAGAGGAAGGGAGAGUUUGUUGCUACUUACGAGGAUAAGGACGGUGACUUGAUGUUAGUCGGAGAUGUGCCGUGGAUGAUGUUUGUGGAAUCUUGCAAACGUAUGAGGUUAAUGAAAACCGGAGAUGCUAUUGGAUUAUAGGUCUCUAUUCUGCUUCCCACAACGUAAACGCAUCGGAUCUUCGAAAGGCUAUAUAAGAUUAUGAUCACAAAUGCAUUAAAUACUGUAGAGAUGUAUACAAUUGCAUUUUUGAAUUGCAAUAUGCUAUAUAUGUAAUUUCAAACCUUUUUUG